AUGGCUACCAUUGAGCUCCUGGUGACAGAUGUGGCCUGUUUAAAACAGAUCAAGACCAAACUGGAGCAAGAAAACGCCUUUGUCAAGCCAAUUGUGAGCGAAAACGGGUACAAAGUGGUGAAAACAAGAUUGAUUGAAGAAGACACGCUUGUUCAGGAACUUCUCUCAGCAUUCAAACAUAAACUAAGCAUCAGAGAUAGUGUCAGCUGUUUAGAGGCUUCUGACGGGCCCAAUGAUCGACUUUCUGAAUUUGCAAGCGCUUUUUUGAGAAAUUCAGGAACUUCAUCUGAUGAGAUCAAAUCACUGUUAGAACAUCUCCCGCUGCGAUACUCGCUCUACAAGCCUUUGGUUCUUUUUAAUAAUUCUUCAGAGCGCAGUUUUCUGCAUAAUGCGUGGCAAGAGGCUCUCACUAGACCUGAGAACGCGGAAUUUAUGCAUCAGAUGCUACAGGUUUUGUUUCCACAUUUCACACAUGUAGCCACGAAUCAGCCUAUUGUAGAUUACGACGAGAUGCGUCGUCCGUUUCACAUAUUUUCGCUCGAGGGAGAUCUGUUCCGGGGUAAAAUCGAGCCCCACGUCCAGGAUUCCCCAACUUCCCGCGACUUUGACGCUUCUAUUUGGUGCCAUGUUGUUCAAAAUGGCAUCCAUCAAGUAUGGUCUCCAGUGUUCACCAUGUUUAGUCGCGGUAAUAUCAAGGAAAAAAAAAGGAUCUUGGAUCCUGCUGCGUACCCAGACGUUGCGGACAACGACGUGGUAGAUAUGUACGCCGGGAUCGGCUACUUCACGCUGAGCUAUCUAAAGCGUGGUGCACGCCGCGUAUUUUGUUUUGAGCUCAAUCCGUGGAGCACAGAGGGUCUCAAGCGCGGCGUAGCCCUCAACAAAUUUGCUGGCCAAUGCCAUGUGUUUCAGGAGUCUAACGAGAAUUGUUUGGAGCGACUAAAGCUUUUUCAAGCUGUGCGAGUUCGCCAUAUUAACUUAGGACUUCUGCCCAGCAGUCGACAAGGGUAUCCCUGGGCUCUGCAGAUCGCUAAAAAAUACGGCUCUACUCCUAAAACCACGCUACACAUUCACGAGAAUAUUCACAUCGAAGAUAUUGCCAGCGGUGUGUUCGUCCGUGACACACUGAGCUUAUUGCACGAUAUUGAACCGGAUUUUCAUUACACAUCGACACAUCUCGAGAAAGUCAAAACAUUCGCGCCGGACGUGUGGCACUGCGUCUUGGACGUUGAUCUUACAAGUAUACGCACUAUGGGACAGAUGACUGAUUAG